AUCUUUUCCAAUUGUCUCUUUGUAAUGUAGCAUCAUCGUACUAAGGUCAUCACCGCAAAGCAAAGAAGAAGAAGAAAGAAGGAGAAGAUCAACAAAAUGUCUGGUUUUCUAAACGAUGAGCUCUCGAAGAAAACCUCGAUUUUCGGUUUAAGAUUAUGGGUUGUUGUUGGAAUUUGCGUUGGAGCCGCUAUUGUGAUCUUGAUGUUCUUAAUUUCACUCUAUUUCACCUCAAAACACAACAAUUCCUGCAAAAAAACCAAAACUUUACCUCAAAAGCCGACAAUUCCAAACAUCUCUAAAGAAAUUCGUGAAAUCCGCAUCGACCCGACCCGAACUCAUAAUCAAGAAACCCCAAACACCAUCCAUAAACACCAAAAUCCCGGUCAAAACCCGUAUCCCGAAUCUGAUUCUUUAGCUGUAGUUGAUAGGCAUGCAGAUGAUGAGAGUAAAUUAAAUGGGUACCAGAAAAUUCAGAUUGAUAUAGGAAAGAAGCACCGGAUUUCUUACCCGGAAAAGGGCGGUGGCGGUGGUGGUGGUGGGUUGUCUCAUGAAAGCGGCUCAGGCGAUCAACAGGCGCCCAUAUCUGUCCAACCUGAGGUUUCCCAUUUGGGUUGGGGCCAUUGGUAUACUCUUAGAGAGCUUGAAAUUGCAACAAAUGGUUUUGCAGAUGAGAAUGUGAUCGGUGAAGGUGGAUAUGGGAUUGUUUAUUGUGGAGUUUUAGUCGAUAAAACCACCGUUGCUGUCAAGAAUUUGCUCAACAACAGAGGACAAGCAGAGAGGGAGUUUAAAGUUGAAGUAGAAGCAAUCGGACGCGUACGCCAUAAGAAUUUAGUCAGGUUGCUCGGCUAUUGUGUUGAAGGAGCUCACAGGAUCCUUGUUUAUGAGUAUGUAGACAACGGAAACUUAGAACAAUGGCUUCAUGGAGAUGUGGGACCAACUAGUCCGCUUACAUGGGAGAUACGCAUGAACAUUAUACUAGGAACAGCCAAAGGGUUGACCUAUUUGCACGAAGGACUCGAGCCCAAAGUUGUUCAUCGUGAUAUCAAAUCAAGCAACAUUUUGAUCGAUAGGCAAUGGAACCCUAAAGUUUCGGAUUUCGGCUUGGCCAAGCUUUUAGGCUCCGAAAGUAGUUAUGUCACCACCCGAGUCAUGGGAACAUUUGGGUAUGUUGCUCCGGAGUAUGCAAGUACUGGCAUGUUGAAUGAAAGAAGCGAUGUUUAUAGUUUUGGGAUUCUUAUUAUGGAAUUAAUUAGCGGUAGAAACCCUGUAGACUAUAGCCGACCUCAAGGAGAGGUGAACCUUGUUGAUUGGCUUAAAGCGAUGGUAACAAAUAGAACCGCUGAGGCAGUUUUGGAUCCUAAGAUACCCGAGAAACCAUCUUCAAGAGCAUUGAAGCGCGUUCUUUUAGUAGCAUUACGUUGUGUUGAUCCAAGUGCUCAAAAAAGGCCGAAGAUGGGUCACGUGAUUCACAUGCUUGAAGCCGAUGAUUUUCCUUUUAGAGAUGAACGGAGAGGGUCUCGAGAAACCGCAAGGGAGAGACCGUUUGAGAAACGACAUGUUGAGUCGGGUGAUAGCAGUGGGUAUGAAAGUAGCAUUCAAACAAGCAAAUCGGUAUGGAAAAGGGAAGAACAACUCUAGAAUCUACUCCCUUAAGUUGAGAGUUGAUAUUUGUGUAUAAUGUUUGUUGAUUCGUGCCAUUCAUGUAAGUUCACACGUUCACGAUUACUCAUUGUAGAGAUUUCAUAGCAUUAGCAUUGGUUUUGAGUUUUCUGAGUUGUUUAUGCUCAUAAUGUGUGUUUGUUUGAUUGAUUGAUUUUUGUGUUCUUGGUUUAAUUUGAUCGGUGUUGCGUGCAAAAACAAAAAAAAAAAAAAAAUGAAAAUUAGAUUUUAUUGUGAUUGAA